AUGUUUCGUCGUGUAUUUGCCAACAGUGCAAAAUUUGUUGUACCUACAAACUCAAGACUUGUUUGCUCCAAUUUUCCGGAGGGUUCCAAAGAUCACAUCAGUAAAUUAGUGUCUGGCAAAAAGUUGGUGGUGUUCAUGAAGGGAACGCCUGAAAAUCCGCGCUGUGGUUUCAGUAAUGCGGUCAUUCAAAUUUUGAAAAUGCAUGGGGUGGACAAAUUUGAUUCUCAUGAUGUCCUUCAGAGCGAAGAUGUUCGACAAGGUGUGAAAGACUACUCCAGCUGGCCGACACUUCCACAAGUUUUUAUAAAUGGAGAGUUUGUCGGGGGCUGUGACAUCAUGAUCGAGAUGCACCAGAAUGGCCAACUCAUCAAAGAACUUCAAAAGAUUGAUAUAAAAUCUUUAUUAGAUAAAAAAUGA